CGCGAGGCUGUCCGGAAUCCGCAACAGGGACAGUUUGUUACCGCGUGCCAAGUUGCAAGCAUCACUGCACACCAGAAACAUUCUGAUACGCUCGCUUACAUAGAUUCGCGCGCGCGUGCACAUACGCUAGGGUAGCCUUAUCUCAAACCGACGGACCGCUCGCUCACACACAACCAUUUUCUCACUCUCUCUUUGGACAGGACACGGACGGACGGUGAAGAUGUCUGCUAACGGGGCCGGUGAUCUGCUGCAAAUCCAGCUCGGGCUCAUUAACGGCGGAGGGAAAUAUCUAACAGCGGAGACGUUUGGUUUUAAAAUCAACGCCUCUGCCACGAGCCUCAAGAAGAAGCAGAUUUGGACGCUCGAGCAGACUGGAGAGGACGGCAACGCUGUCUUCCUCCGGUCCCACCUGGGUCGGUACCUAGCAACAGACAAAGACGGGAACGUAACCGGCGAAUGUGAGGCGCGCGGCCCAGACUGUCGUUUUGUCAUCAUCGCGCACGACGACGGGCGGUGGUCCCUGCAGUCCGAGCCGCACGGGCGCUACCUGGGCGGCAGCGAGGACCGGAUCACCUGCUUUGCUCAGACGGUAACAUCUGCAGAGAUAUGGAGCGUGCACCUGGCCAUGCACCCCCAGGUCAACCUGUACAGCCUUGCGCGCAAACGGUACGCCCAUCUUAGUGUGGCGGGCGAGCGCGAGGAAAUGGCCAUAGACCGCGACGUCCCGUGGGGGGUGGAUUCCUUGGUAACCCUCGUGUACCGGGACCAGCGCUACCACCUGGAGACCUCUGAUAACCGGUUCCUCCGUAACGACGGCAGCCUGGUCGGUAAACCGGACAAAGACACCGGUUACAUGUUGGAGUUUCGCUCGGGAAAAGUGGCUUUUCGGGACUGUAACGGCCGGUACCUUGCGCCUUCCGGGCCCACUGGUACCAUGAAGUCCGGUAAGAGCGCACGGGUUGGAAAGGACGAGCUGUUCGCCCUGGAGCGCAGCCACGCGCAGGUCGUGCUCACCGUGGGGAACGAGAAGAACGUCUCCACGAGACAGGGCAUGGACCUCUCUGCCAAUCAGGAUGAGGAAGGAGACCAGGAAGUGUUCCAGCUGGAGAUGAGUCGUGAAAACAGGAAGUGUGCGUUCCGGACGGCUGCAGGGAAGUACUGGACCCUGACAGCUACUGGAGGACUGCAGUGCACUGCCUCCACCAAGUCUGCUAACAGUCAUUUUGAUCUGGAGUGGAGAGAGGGGCGUGUCUCUCUGAGGGCAGCCAAUGGGAAGUUCAUCAGCGCCAAGAAGAACGGUCAGCUGGCCGCUACUGUGGAUAAUGCAGGGGACGCAGAACAGUUCCUGAUGAAGCUGAUAAACCGUCCAAUCAUUGUCCUCCGCGGAGAGCACGGCUUCAUUGGGUGCCGCAAGGUUGGCAUGGCAACGCUGGAUUCUAACCGCGCCUCCUACGACGUCUUCCAGCUGGAGUUCCACAACGGAGCCUACGCCCUGAAAGACUCCCAGGGGAAGUAUUGGUGUGUUGGAGAGGAAGCUGCCGUGGUGUCCAGCAGUGCCACGCCCAUCCACUUCCUGUUUGAGUUCUGCGACUACAACAAGAUGGCGGUGCGCGCGGCUGGGGGGCGCUACCUGAGGGGCGACCACGCCGGCGUCCUGAAGGCCAACGCCGACACACUGGAGAGCGCCACCCUGUGGGAGUACUGAGCUACUGCAGCCAGGAGCCAGACACAGGGUGUCUGUGUGUGUCCGUGUGUGUGUGUGUGACUGUGUGUGUGUGUCUGUGUGUGUGUGUGUGUGUUGAAAAGCGAAAGAGAUU